GUACGCAGGUAUAUCUAUCUCACGGUGAAAAAAGAAAAGUCGUGAAGGGGGUAAUUUGUGGCUGAGCUCGUUUUUCUCAUUUUUUUUCUCUCAUCUUCGAUGUCCGAUUCAAACUGGUUCGACGAGGGAAAAUACGAGAAUGACGAUGAGUCGCUUACUUUCUCGGAAUGCUCGUGGAUAGGGCAUAUAGAUAGUGUGUAUGAUGCAGGUGUUCGAGUUUUAGGAAAUCGUUCUUUUAUUUUGCCUUACUGGAACCAGACGAUCGGUUGAGAGUCGUCAAUGAGAUGUUUUUUUUGUUGAGACGAUAACAACCGUGGAGAGGCAGGUAUUCGACUUUCUAGGAUAUAUGUGGGUACCAAUACUGAUCAACUUUUUUAAUAUAAUCUUUGUCAUACUUGGAUUUUUUGGAGCUUUUCAAUAUCGACCUAAAUAUAUUUUAUCUUACUGCGUUUGGAAUGGACUCUGGCUUGGUUGGAACGUAUUCCUUACGUGCUUCUAUCUUAAUGUUGGGAUAUUGAACAAGAACAGCGACCUGUUGAAUUUGGGCACCGGUAGUUUUUCCUGGUGGCUGGUCAAUGGGCCAGGAUGCAAGCCUUACUACAAUGGCACGAUACCGGAUCGACCAGAUCUUUACCGACCCGAUUGGGUUACAGGCUGUGUUGUCGAUUACGAAGUUGUUGAGGUUCUGCACGCGGUCAUACAAUGUGCACUUGCAGUCAUAGCGAUUAUCGGUGGUCUAUUUUUAGCUCGGCUUUUUACGGAAGAGGACGACAGCUCGCAAAUCAAAAAGAAGAAAAAGCAGCCACGACCACUGUACAGUAUCGAGUACUCCCAGCCAGAGCCACCGAUCGCACAUCGCGACGAUAAUACGUCGCCGAAGCCAAUGACUCCAAGACGAGUGAAGCGACGUUCGGUUAUAUCUAGAGAUGGGACACGCAGGUCAAGCAGAAGGAGUUCUGUCAGACAGUCGAGACGGAAAAAUCCUAUCAAUAGAAUUAUGGAACACCAGGAGAGUUUAUACGCCAACACACCGCCGAGUAAUUUGACCAAUCAGAAUGUGAAUUCGCUGUCGCAUGGGACAUUGAAUUAUGAUCGGAUAUCAGGACAUUGGAAUCGAGAUAGUACAGUUAGCCCAAAUUGGCAACCGGAAGCAAUGAUAAUGGCGGCUUCGUCUCCAAACAUCUGGACACCCGACGUAAACGCUUAUCCAGUGAUGCCACCGAACAUGGUGAGCAAUACCAAUUGGGAGAGCACGAGCUCGACGCGCAAUCUUACUGAAAACUGGCAAAGUGCGCCACAAGUGAAUAAUCCCGUUGAAAUUAUGAAUCAGAUGCAAUGGCAAGGUCAGAGUAAUCCAACUUUCCAGCAAACCAGUACUCAGAGUCUCAACGGUGAGGAUCUCGACGAACUUUAUGGUAACCGACCUGCAAGUGCACGGUCCAGUUAUAGUAAUUAUCACGGGGUCAGAGCAACCCCUCAAGUACCACAAAGAACGGAUAUUGUCAGGCAGAGCCAGAGGCAAUUCGUGCUCAGUGGACCGCCUGCUUAUCAGGACACUGUGAUUUAGCAUCUUUUUGUUCCGAAUUGCGUUCUUCAUGUGUAGGACUACGAGAGUAUGUUAUUGUAUCUUUAUGAGAUUGUAUUAAAAAGUGAGUCGUUUUAGAAAAAGCUGAUUUUCUGCUUGUACUUCAGUGUUUCGGAUAUGUUAUAAUUGUCGGACAACGUUUAUGCGUUUGUUGAAAAAAGCAUUAAAAUUAAUCGAUACGAAAGCUUCGUUGAGAAUAUGUAGUCAAUUUUGUCAUGCUUUAAUAAUUCAUGCGCAUUUAAAAAUAAUUUGUAGGGGCAACUUUUCUGAGACCAAUGUUAUACUAACUUCUUUAUUGUUGCUAUUGCAAUAUUAGUCGAGAUCUCUUUACUACGUAAAAUUUUUGUAUGACAUACUUUUAUGAUGAAAAUGAUUAUUUUAGGAUUUUAAAGUAUACAGUCUAUUAUUUUCAAUAUUUUAUUUUAUUAAAAAUGUAUUCAAUAUCUUAUUAAAAAAUAAUAAAAUAUGAAAAUAUUCUUAAGAGAUUUUUACAUUUUGUUUCGUUGUAUAAAAUGUAAAAUUCGACUACUGUGUUCUAAAACUUAUACGCGUAAUGAUUACAGAAGACUAAUUUAGAUUGUAAAUUAGAUAUUAAAAUAUUUAUUUCACGUAUACAACAAGUAAUGGAAGUCUCAAUAAUUUUAGUUUAAUGAUGAGUAAUUUUAGAUUUUUUAGAAAAAAUAAUUAACAAAUAUUUUUAAAUUAUUUAACAUGCGAAAUUAAAAAUAGUGAAGCUUGAAUUUUUAUAAUUUAGGCUGAGGUUUGACUAAAAUGAUUUUCAAGUGCACUAUAUAUGGCAUGACAAAAUUUUAGUAAUAAAAUGCAUGAGAAAAGGAAUAAUGAAGUGAUCAGAAAUGUAUAUAUGCUAUUUUGCGAACGUGUAAACAUUUUAAUAUAUGUCGUAAUGCGGAUAUCUUAUGAAGCAAAUAAAUGCUUUGUCUUUGAUCUCACAUAUGUUUGAUGAAAUUAUGCUUCAUGUUAAUGCUUUAAACGGUACUGUUUAUAGUGUGACUAUUGAAUGUUAGUGUGUUCGAAAAAAUACAUUUUAAAAAUUAGAGUAUAUGAAAUUUUGAAUUGAAAAUGCUUUUACAUGAUUGUAAAUAUAAAGCGUUAGUGUAAUGUACUGGCAAUGAUCAUGCAUGCACAAUAUGCGACAUAAUUUAAAAAUAUAAUAGUGACAUUUCACAAUUAUAUGUGUAAAUUUUGCAUUUUUGAUAGUUCCUGUAUUACUUGCCACGAAUUUUAUUGAACUUACUAUUCAUAUGUGAAUUGACAAUUAUUAGAUUAAUGAAAACCCUCUCGCUCUUCUUUCCAAUCGACGUAAAUUUGAUCGUUUGCGGUUAAAGAAUAAAACGAGAACUACAAAAUCAGUUAGAAAGCUACGAGCAUUACAAAGGAUUAUAGAACAUGUCGUGGAUGUAUAUAAGCGUUGAUCAAUGCGAACCAAAGUAUUGUAAAUAUUAGAAACGCUUGUUUAAUAUAUUUUCUUCAAAAACGGCCGUGCAAAAUAUGUUUUCAGAAUAUGCAGUUAUUUUUUAAAAGUAAAAAAUAAUUGUAAAUAACAGUAAUUUAAAGGAAUUAAAUCUGUUAUUAUACAUAUUAAUUACGUUUAUAUAUGGUCACUCGUCGAAUGCCAUAUGCCGUGAAAUAAAUGAUUUAGAUAUAAACUACUGGUACUUUAAAUUAGACUAUUGUACAAUUUAGAGUUUAUGUACAUGUACGUGUAUUACAUUUGAAGUGUUAUACCAAUCUAAUAAAAAUAUACUUAAUUUUUUAAUAGCAAUGAGGAAUAAAUUUUGUAUGGCAUUUUUAAUUGUUAUGGUAUUUUAUAGCUUUUUAAUUUUUUUAACUGUGUUUUGGAAGCGACAUAACGUUAUUCAAAGUAGUAUGGGUUCUUUUGCACUUUACAUAUCCUCUUUCAAUAAAUGCCAACUUAUGAUAAAAUUGAAAUAUGUAAAUUAAAUUUAGAGAAAUUCGACGUAUUUAAAACAUUAUAAAGUCUACAAUAAAAAUGUAAUACAUAUGAUUAACUUGUCAAUUUUUCAAAGAUUAUCAUUUUACUUCGUCUUUAUAUUUCUUAUAAAUAUGUGUGUACCCCAGAAUAGUCAAGUGACAAUAAUAAAAUGAA